AUGUUCAAGAAAUUUGACGAGAAAGAAAACGUGUCCAACUGCAUCCAGUUGAAAACGUCAGUUAUUAAGGGUAUUAAGAACCAGUUGAUAGAACAGUUUCCAGGCAUUGAACCAUGGCUUAAUCAAAUCAUGCCUAAGAAAGAUCCGGUUAAAAUAGUGCGGUGCCACGAACAUAUAGAAAUCCUUACCGUAAACGGAGAGUUACUAUUUUUUCGACAAAGAGAAGGGCCUUUUUAUCCAACGCUAAGGCUGCUACACAAAUACCCAUUUAUCCUGCCACGACAGCAAGUUGAUAAAGGAGCCAUCAAAUUUGUGCUCAGUGGAGCAAAUAUCAUGUGUCCAGGCCUAACCUCUCCUGGAGCCAAGCUUUACCCUGCUGCAGUGGAUACGGUGGUUGCAAUCAUGGCAGAAGGAAAACAGCAUGCCCUGUGUGUUGGAGUUAUGAAGAUGUCUGCGGAAGAUAUUGAGAAAGUGAACAAAGGGAUUGGCAUUGAGAAUAUCCAUUAUUUAAAUGAUGGGCUGUGGCAUAUGAAGACGUAUAAAUGA